ACCUUCCGUGUGACAUCCUCUGUUCGAUCCACCAAUCAACGCCGAUCCGGAACACUCCCAAAUCCAAGUCACACGCGCCGGCGCGCUCCAUGCCGUUAACCCUCUCCACCCGCGAAUGCAUCGUACCCGCGCACAAGAGACACUUCCACCCACCUAACCACCUCGGCCAACCUUAUCCUUCUCCGCUCUCCCAGCGCGUGAACCACGUUCCACAGGGAUCCUCCAUGGUCUGUCUUCCUUGGAAAGCUGCCCCCAAUCCCCAUACUGCGUUCACACGCCGCAACUCCCUCCCUCACAUAUAAAUCCCACGGUUCUUGUUCCUACCCACCGUUCAUCCUCGGUCUUCGCCUCCGGCCUCCAUUGCUUCCUCUUUUCCCAUCGGGACCUCCCAUUGUCUCCUUUCUUCUACCGGCCCCGGUCAUCUAUCGAUUGACCGAUACAACUACUUUCCGUAUAUGAACAGUUGCCCGGCCGCCGACACCAUCCAGCCCGUCCUCGACGACUUGUCGUUCUACGUCUCCUUCUUCCAGGACUCUUCCGCCACCGCAUCCCCUUCGCCCCCCCCGUCGUCCUCCGACAUGCCCAAGGGCCGCCGGAGACGCGAUACCGGCGCAGCCACCGCUGGAAACGAGAGGAGGAGGAAACGGAGGAAGAUCGCCAAUCUGCUGACCUCCAUUGCGUCGAUCGACGUGCAGCAUGAGUCCCAGCGGCGCGAGUCUGACGACGACUGGGAGCUCUCACUCGAGGAGAACCACCACCAAAAGGCCGAGGCUGUACUCGAUCAUUACUGCCGCCUCGAGGAAAGCCUCUCCGCCCUCGAAAACGACGCUGGCACCCUUCGCUCCAAACGCAUCCGCCUCACCGCCUCUGCUUCGGCGGCCUCCGCUUCAGCCGAGGGCGAGGGCGAGGCCGACGCCGCCAGAGGCAUAGGCGGCCACCAGCAACGGAGACUCUGGGUGAAGGAUCGGUCGCAAGCGUGGUGGGACCGAUGCAACCAUCCCGACUUCCCCGAGGCCGAGUUCCGGCUGGCGUUCCGGAUGGGCCGUGCCACGUUUGACAUGAUCUGCGAAAAGCUCGGGUCGGCAGUGGCGAAGGAGGACACGACGCUCCGCGCCGCUAUCCCCGUCCGGCAGCGGGUGGCUGUGUGCAUCUGGCGGUUGGCCACCGGCGAACCUCUCCGCCUCGUCUCGAAACGGUUCGGGCUCGGCAUUUCCACCUGCCACAAGCUUGUCCUCGAGGUCUGCAACGCGAUCAAGACUUUACUCAUGCCAAGGUUCCUCCAGUGGCCCGACGACGACGACGCUACCCAAGCAAAAUCCCGCUUCGAGGCACCAUCCGGGAUCCCCAAUGUCAUCGGAUCCAUGUACACCACUCAUAUCCCCAUCAUCGCGCCCAAGGUCAGUGUCGCCUCCUACUUCAACCGCCGGCACACGGAGCGCAAUCAGAAAACUUCUUAUUCCAUCACCGUCCAGGGGGUGGUCGACCCUGACGGGGUGUUCACGGACGUUUGCAUUGGGUGGCCCGGUUCGAUGCAUGACGACCAGGUGCUUGAGGAAUCGGCUCUUUACAGGAGGGCAGCUACCGGGAUACUCAAGAACACUUGGAUUGUCGGGAGCUCGGGUUAUCCUCUGAUGGACUGGAUGCUGGUGCCGUACACCCACCAAAAUUUGACUUGGACUCAGCAUGCCUUCAACGAGAAGAUCGGGGAGGUGCAGCGUAUUGCCCGAGAGGCAUUCACGAGGUUGAAGGGGCGGUGGACUUGUUUACAGAAACGAACAGAAGUGAAACUACUGGAUUUGCCCGUGGUUAUUGGUGCUUGCUGCGUGCUGCACAACAUCUGUGAGCGACGGAAGGAGGAGAUGGAGUCGGGUCUCGAGUACGAACUGGUGGACGAUGAAAUGGUGCCCGAGAACAGCAUACGGUCGGUGAGUGCGUCGCAAUCCAGGGACAACAUUGCCCAUAACUUGUUACACCAUGGCCUUGCCGGCACGGCUUUCUUUUAAUCUCCUUACAGAAUUAAAUUUCUUUUGUUUGUCAUCAUUUGUCGAACAAUGCAGAAUAAAUUGAUUGGGUCUGCUCGCUGGUAGGACUGUAAGGCAAAGUUGGUUGUCCUCAGUGGCUGUAAGCUUUAGCUACUUGAUUAGGUUUGAACAGUCUGUUUGGAGAGGUAGCAAAAAGUGACCUGUUUUUGGGUUUUUAUUGUCUUUUCGGUCAUUUACGUUCAAGCUGAUAAAUAUACUUUGUUAUUACGCAUCAAUGCUUAACAAGUUCUUCAUUAA